GUCGAAAGACAGCAAUUGUGUGUUAAGCAUGAAGGCUUUCAUAGUACUCGCUUUAGCAGUCGCUGCCCUUUCCGCGGAAGCAGUGGAGCAGGUCCAUCCCAAGGAUCUACCCAGGUCUGCCAAGAUCGAGGGUCGCAUUACCAAUGGCUACCCCGCAUAUGAGGGCAAGGCCCCCUACACCGUUGGCUUAAGCUUCAAUGGCUGGUGGUGUGGUGGCUCCAUCAUUGCUCACGACUGGGUGCUGACAGCUGCUCACUGCACCAACGGCGCCAGCUCUGUGACCAUAUACUACGGUGCAACGUGGCGUACCAACGCCCAGUUCACCCACACUGUGGGCAGCGGAGAGUUCAGACAGAACCACAACUGGCCACACAACAAUGGUAAUGAUAUCGCUCUGAUCCACACUCCUCAUGUCGAUUUCUGGUCAAUGGUCAACAAGGUGGAGUUGCCCAGCUUCAACGAUCGCUACAACAUGUACGAUGGCUGGUGGGCUGUUGCCUGUGGCUGGGGCAUAACCUCUGAUGGCGGCUCCCAACCCGAUUGGCUGCAAUGCGUGGACCUGCAGAUCAUCAGCAAUAGCCAGUGCUCCCAGACCUAUGGUCAUCAACCCGAUGGUAUUUUGUGUGUUUCCACGCCCGGCGGUAAGUCUACCUGCAGCGGGGACUCUGGCGGCCCAUUGGUGCUCCAUGAUGGUGGCAAAUUGGUGGGUGUCACCUCUUGGGUUUCUGGUAAUGGCUGCACUGCUGGUCUGCCAUCUGGCUUCACUCGGGUCACCAACCAGUUGGAGUGGAUCCGCGACAACUCUGGCGUAGCUUACUAUUAAAUUGAAAAAUAACAAAUAAAAGAGGCAUGAAAACUA